UCCUCGUAAAUCAGAGUGACGAGACGGGUUCCAGUCAGUCGGCUAAAAAUCAUGGCGUCUGGCAGCACGGGAGGCAGGGUAUCCUGCGGGAGAGAUUUGAAUUGUGUGCCGGAGGUCGCCGACACUUUAGCCGCGGUCGCUAAACUCGGGUUUGAUUUCCUGUGCAUGCCCCUGUUCCACUCGAGGUUCAGGAGAGAGUUUGAGUUGGAGCCCGCUAAAUCCCGAUCCGGCGCGCACACCCGAUCAGACCUGCUCCUGUGUGGAAGAGACUGGAAUACUCUUAUCGUUGGGAAGCUCUCUCCAUGGAUCGAUGCAGAUUCAGAAAUCGAGACAGAGCGCCGAAACUCAGAGGCUGCUCUGGCACAGGAGUUAAACUUCUCAGCCUACCUGGGUCUGCCUGUCUUCAUGCUCCAUCUAAAGGGCCCCCAUUGUGCCAAUCUAGCCCGUCUGCUGCUAAACCACAUCCACACUGGACACCACACCUCAAAUUUCUGGAUCCGUGUCCCGCUGAUGGCAUCAGAUGACAUGCGGGAAGAUCUGAUCGAAAACGAACCGACCACUUGCAUCGAUGACACAAGUGUUGAUGAGAAGACGUGGGGCUGGUGGCACUCAUUUAGAACCCUUUGUGAUUACAACAAGAGGAUCUGUCUGGCUAUCGAAGUUGGAGCAGACAUGCCGUCAGACGCGGUGAUUGAUAAGUGGCUUGGGGAGCCAAUCAAAGCAGCCAUACUUCCCACCAGCAUCUUCCUAACGAAUAAGAAGGGCUUCCCUGUUCUGUCAAAAGCCCAUCAGCGAAUAAUCUUCAGUCUUUUCAAGUUGGAGGCCCAGUUCGUCUUCACAGGCACCAGUCGCCACACUGAGAAGGACUUCCGGUCCUACCUGCAGUACCUGGAAUACCUCAACCAGAACCGGCCUGCCCCCAAUUCCUACGAGCUCUUCGCCAAGGGCUACGAGGACUACCUGCAGUCUCCCCUCCAGCCACUAAUGGACAACCUGGAGUCUCAGACAUACGAAGUGUUUGAGAAGGAUCCCAUUAAGUAUUCACAGUACCAACAGGCUGUAUAUAAAUGUCUCCUUGACAGAGUUCCAGAGGAGCAGAAAGACACAAAUGUCCAGGUGUUGAUGGUGUUGGGAGCAGGUAGGGGUCCCCUGGUCAAUGCGUCCCUGCGUGCUGCCAGACAGGCAGACAGGAAGCUGAAGGUGUACGCUGUGGAGAAAAAUCCCAACGCUGUGAUCACGCUCGAGAAUUGGCGCUUUGAGGAGUGGGGUGAUCAGGUGACAGUGGUGUCAUGUGACAUGCGGGACUGGGCUGCACCUGAGAAGGCUGACAUCAUCGUCAGCGAGCUGCUGGGAUCGUUUGGUGACAACGAACUUUCCCCCGAGUGCCUGGAUGGAGCGCAGCACUUCCUCAAAGAUGACGGAGUGAGCAUCCCCUGUUCCUACACGUCCUUCCUGGCUCCCCUGUCCUCCUCCAAGCUCUACAAUGAAGUACGGGGAUGCCGGGAACGCGACAAGGACCCAGAGUGCCACUUCGAGACGCCCUAUGUGGUGCGCCUCCAUAACUUCCACCAGUUGGCCGAGCCCAAAGCGUGCUUCACCUUCAAGCACCCCACAAAAGACAUGAACAAUAACCGGUAUCAGUGCCUCAGAUUCCCAGUGGGUUGUAACUCCGUGCUGCACGGUUUUGCUGGCUACUUCGAGACCACGCUGUACAAAGACGUCACACUCAGUAUAAAACCAGACACACAUUCACCUGGAAUGUUCUCCUGGUUCCCCAUCCUCUUCCCCCUCAAACAACCCAUCUCCAUAUCCCGGGAUGAGGACGUCACAGUGCGGUUCUGGCGCCUCAACAACGGGAAGAAGGUGUGGUAUGAAUGGGCCGUGACCGAGCCCUCCUGCUCCGCCAUCCACAAUCCAGCAGGACGCUCCUACACCAUCGGCCUGUGAUGAUCACACGUCAGCACGCCCGUCAACAGGCGCACACACACACACACACACACACACACACACACACACACACACACACACACACACGUUUCUGUAAGACUUGGUGGCAGUUUAAGUGGAGAUGUCCUGGCUCUCUUUUAUAUACACAGUAAAAACCUGGACUCUUGGUGCAAAACCCCUAAAGUGCAGUCCAGGUUUUAAGGUUACAAGUGUUUGGCACUUUUGAGCUGGCAAAUAAAAAAAGUUGAUUGGAUAAACCCGAUUUUUCAGUCUGUUAUUGAGAAGUCUGUUCAAGCAGGCCUGGACCAUCACCUGUACACAAAGUGUAUUAUUGCUGUUAGAUUGGCUCAUUCAGAUUAGGUCCAACACUUCGUCACUGGUUUAUUUUUUUAAAUCCCCCCCCCCUCCGUUCUGAACAGUAGUUUCCCCACAUGCACACUCAAUCCAACAGAACCUUUUGCCUUAUCAAACACACAUUCCAUACCAUAACACUUGUGUACUGAUGCAGUACCCUUCUCCUCAACACAAGAGGGUCAGAGGAAGGUUAUGUCAUUCAAGUCCCAUACUAUAUUGUUUGGGGUUGUCUCUUAUUACUGUUAUUUUGUUCCUGUGUGUUUUGAACCAUGUCAAUAAAAAAACACUGUAAUGUU